CACCUGAGCGGAAACAUCCGGGAGCCAGGGGGCCCUGGUGAGCCCGAGCGCCUCUACCACGUCUCCAUCAGCUUUGACCGCUGUAAGAUCACAUCUGUGAGCUGCGGCUGCGACAACCGUGACCUCUUCUACUGCGCCCACGUGGUGGCCCUGUCACUGUACCGCAUCCGGCAUGCCCGCCAGGUGGAGCUGCGUCUGCCCAUCUCUGAGACGCUGUCCCAGAUGAACCGUGACCAGCUGCAGAAAUUUGUGCAGUACCUCAUCAGCGCCCACCACACUGAGGUGCUGCCCACCGCCCAGCGCUUGGCCGAUGAGAUCCUCCUGCUGGGCUCCGAGAUCAACCUGGUGCAUGGUGCCCCAGACCCUACAGCAGGUGCAGGCAUCGAGGAUGCCAACUGCUGGCACCUGGACGAGGAGCAGAUCCAGGAGCAGGUGAAGCAGCUGCUGUCCAACGGCGGCUACUACGGGGCCAGCCAGCAGCUGCGCUCCAUGUUCAGCAAGGUGCGGGAGAUGCUGCGGAUGCGGGACUCCAACGGGGCACGCAUGCUGAUCCUCAUGACCGAGCAGUUCCUGCAGGACCCGCGGCUGGCACUGUGGCGGCAGCAGGGUGCAGGCAUGACGGACAAGUGUCGGCAGCUAUGGGAUGAGCUGGGAGCCCUGUGGGUCUGUGUCGUACUGAGCCCUCACUGCAAACCAGAGGAGCAGGCAGCCUGGCUCCAGCUGCUUGGCAAGUGGGACAAGUUGGACGUGUGCCCACUGGAAGAGGGCAAGUACUCCUUUGAUGGCCCCAGCCUGCAGCCCACCUCAGCCCCCAGCCCAGGUACGAGAGGGGAGGAAGAGGAGGAAGUGGCAACCACAAGUUCCCGCCACACAGUGUUUGGCCGCGCCCUACAAGCUGGAGAGUUGCACUGGAGUGACACCCACCUGCAGAGGAUCCUGACCAGUGACUCCUAUAGCCCCAGCCUCACAGGCAACAUGGGUGGUGACAAGCCAACCUUUGACCCCCAGGGCCGCCCACUCUGGCUGGGUGAGCCUUUUCCCACUGCCUGCGCCCGUGUGGACACCCUGCGUGCCCAUGGAUACCCCCGCCAGGCCCUGCGCCUGGCAGGUGCCAUAGUCAACACGCUCCGGCUACAGCGGCGGCACCAGCUUGAGAGCUACAAACAGCAGAAAAAAGAGCUGCUCCAGAAAGGCUCCACCUGCAUCACCAACACGGAAGGAUGGGUGGGCCACCCCCUGGACCCCAUUGGCUGCCUCUGCAGGGCACUCCUGGAGGCCUGUCGCCUGGAGGAGGAGGCCCUCAUCCUUUACCCAGACUCAAGCCCCGAGAAGCGGAAGGUGGCCUACCAGCACGUGCCUGUGCCUGGUAGUCCUGGGGAGUCCUACCUGGCGCUGGCGCUGGAGGUGGCACUGCUGGGGCUGGGGCAGCAGCGGGCCCUGCCGGAGGGGCUGUACGCCCAGGACAAGGUAGUGCGCAACGAGGAGCAGCUGCUGGCCCUGCUGGAGGAGGUGGAUUUGGACGAGCGGUUGGUGCAGGUGCUGCGCAAGCAAGCGGGGCUGCUGUUGGAAGGGGGUCCCUUCAGCGGCUUUGGAGAGGUGCUGUUCCGGGAGAGCGUGCCCAUGCACACCUGUGCCCGCUACCUGUUUACCGCGCUGCUGCCCCAUGACCCCGACCUGGCCUAUCGCCUCGCGCUCCGAGCCAUGAGGUUGCCCAUCCUGGAGACAGCCUUUCCAGCCGGAGAACCUCACCCCAACCCACUGGACUCCAUCAUGAGCAACCACUUCCCCCGCUGGUUCAUCCUCGGCCACCUGGAGACCCGCCAGUGUGAACUGGCCUCCACCAUGCUGACGGCCGCCAAGGGAGACCCCAAAUGGCUGCAUGCUGUACUGGGUUCCAUCCAGCAGAACAUCCACUCGCCAGCCUUGCUCUUCAAGCUGGCUCAGGAUGCCUGCAAGACAGCCACCCCAGCCAACGCACCGCCAGACACCACACUGCUGGGCAUCGCACUGGAGCUGGGCCUGCAGGUGAUGCGGAUGACCCUGAACACCAUGACCUGGCGGCGGAGGGAGAUGGUGCGCUGGCUGGUCAGCUGUGCCACGGAGAUCGGCCCACAAGCCCUGAUGAAUAUCAUGCAAAACUGGUACUCCUUAUUCACACCGGUGGAGGCGGCCACCAUCGUGGCAGUGACAGGUACCACGCAUGCCACACUGCUACGGCUGCAGUUGGACACGCCCCAGCGGGAGGAGCUCUGGGCCUGCGCCCGCACCCUGGCCUUGCAGUGCGCCAUGAAGGACCCUCAGAACUGCGCCUUGCCCGCCCUGACCCUUUGCGAGAAGAACCACGCGGCCUUCGAGGCGGCCUACCAGAUCGUGCUGGACGCGGCAGCCGGCGGCCUGGGCCAUGCUCACCUCUUCACGGUGGCACGUUAUAUGGAGCACCGUGGCCUGCCACUGCGGGCCUACAAGCUGGCAACACUGGCUCUGGCGCAGCUGAGCAUCGCCUUCAACCAGGACAGCCACCCCGCCGUCAAUGACGUGCUGUGGGCCUGCUCACUCAGCCAUUCGCUGGGCCGGCAUGAGCUCUCUGCCCUGGUCCCCCUCAUCAUCCGCAGCAUACAUUGUGCCCCCAUGCUCUCUGACAUCCUGCGCCGCUGGACCCUCUCGGCACCUGGCCUGGGCCCGUUGGGGGCCCGCCGGGCUGCCAAGCCACUGGGCGCCGACCGGGCACCGCUCUGCCAGCUCCUGGAUGCGGCAGUGGCGGCCUACAUCGCCACCAGCCACUCCCGCCUCACGCACAUCAGCCCACGGCACUACGGCGAUUUCAUUGAGUUCCUGGGCAAGGCCCGUGAGACCUUCCUGCUGGCGCCCGAUGGGCACCUUCAGUUUGCCCGGUUCUUGGAGAAUCUGAAACAAACCUACAAGGGCAAGAAGAAACUUAUGCUUCUGGUGCGGGAGCGCUUUGGCUGA